GGGUAUCCUGACAUCGACGCCAUCAUGGCAGAGCCCAAGGUGGAGACCCAGAACAGCGUGGACUGGCAGAAGCGAUGUGUGGCCCUGGAAACCCAACUCUUCCGGUUCCGCCUACAAGCCAGCAAGAUAAGGGAGCUGCUGGCUGACAAGAUGCAGGAGCUGGAGCAGCGGCUGCUGGAGGCAGAGCAGAGGGCAGAGAACGCAGAGACCCAGGUGGGUGUGAUGGAAGAGAAGGUGAAGCUGUCCAAUCUGAAGAAUGUGGACACAGCAGGCGGCCUGCACCAGAAGUACCAGGAACUGCUUGAAGCUAUGAAAAGCAAAGAUGAGCUCAUCAGUCAGCUGGAGGCACAGCUGGAGAAGCAGAAGCAGAUGAGGGCUGAGGAAGCAAAAAUUGUUCAAGAAAAAGCUGCAAAGAUCAAGGAAUGGGUAACAGUGAAGCUGGCUGAGCUGGAGUUGGAGAAUCAGCACCUGAAAAGCUGUAAUCAGCGGCUGGUAGAGCAAGUAGGAGCCCUUCAGGAUGCACUAGAAGGUACAGCACAGAGCAAGGACCCUGUUCCUAAAGCAGAAAGCCCCUUGGCGGAUUCUUGUUCCAGCAUGGUCCACCCCAGGGAAAUGCCAGAGGCCAAGACCCUUCCAGUUCUUCCCGGAAGACAGGGCCUUCCUCACCAGUUGUGCGUGAAACCUCGCACUCCAAGACGUGGUUCAGCUUCCUGGGGUGAGGGCCUGGCCAUUGCUCAGGGAGGGACCUUCCCUGGGGCAAAGAUCGCUGUCAGAGAAGGUGGUCCCGGCAGCAGUCUGACGCUACCAAAGGUGCGGGCUCCUGGCACCCCGAGGGACAGCCUCCAGCUGCCCAAGAGGCACUACAGCCAGCCACAGGCCCGCCCUGGGCACUUCCACCAUGUGGUGAGCAUUGACAUCGGGACCCUGUCAGCCCUCCACCCCUCCGGCCUUCCUGAGGUGCAGUCCCAUGCUGAGCCUCUGGAAGAACCAGAGAAGAUGGAGAUGGAGGAACAACCAGGAGAAGGAGGGAAGGAGAAGGAAGGUGCAAGCUCAAAGGCCCCUGGAGCUGAGCUGGAGGAAGGGGACUCUGGGAACAAACCACCCACACCCCCCCUGCACCGGUUCCCAUCUUGGGAAAGCCGGAUCUACGCUGUGGCCACGUCAGGCAUGCGGCUGUCAGACGUGUCUCCCAGAAGUCAUGCCACGGGCUGUGCUUCAAGCCCUCCUGCCCUCGCAUCCCCUGGGCCCUUCUCCAGCCUCAUCUACAAGAAUGUCACUGUGCCGGUCUACACAGCCCUGAAGGGGAGAGCCAUGCAGAUCAGCAGUGUGCCCUUUGUGGAUGAGUCCUCCGGGUCUGACGACGACUGCAGCUCUCAGGCGAGUUUCCCCUGCUCUGAGUCUAGGAAGACCAGCGGCCUGAGCAGCCCGCGGGCCAUUAAGAGAGGAGUCUCCAUGUCCUCACUGAGUUCUGAAGGUGACUACGCCAUCCCCCCGGAUGCCUGCUCACUGGACAGCGACUACUCUGAGCCUGAACACAAACUACAGCGAACCUCCACCUACUCUACCGACGGUCUGGGCCUGAGCGGGGAGUUACUAGAGAAGUCUGGCUACCUGCUGAAAAUGGGGAGCCGGGUGAAGACCUGGAAGAGGCGCUGGUUUGUCCUGAGGCAGGGGCAGAUUAUGUACUACAAGUCCCCGAGUGAUGUCAUCCGGAAACCUCAAGGUCAAGUAGAAUUAAACUCCCGGUGCCACAUUGUUCGAGCGGAGGGCGCCCAGACAUUCCAGCUCAUCUCUGAGAAGAAAACCUACUACCUGACCGCGGACUCACCCAGCCUGCUGGAGGAGUGGAUCCGAGUGCUACAGAGCCUGCUGAAGGUCCAGGCCAUUGGGCCUCCGGCCCUGCCUCAGCGGGGCACCAAGCCCACUGUGAAGGGCUGGCUCACCAAGGUAAAGCAUGGCCACUCCAAGCUGGUCUGGUGUGCUCUCAUUGGGAGAACCUUCUACUACUAUCGGAGCCAUGAGGACAAGCGACCCCUAGGCCGCCUGCCUGUGCGGGACGCUCGUGUAGAGGAAGUAGAUCGAUCCUGUGACUCGGACGAGGACUAUGAGGCGGCAGGGCCGGGGCGGUUGCUGUCUUCACACUGCACCCUGGUGAUCCACCCCCCGGAGCAUAGCCCCACCUACCUCCUCAUCGGCACCAAGCAUGAAAAGGAUACGUGGCUUUACCACCUCACAGUGGCUGCAGGUGACAGCAGCGCCCAGGUGGGCACUGCCUAUGAGCAGCUCAUUGGAAAACUGAUGGAUGGUGAAGGAGACCCAGAUUCCCCGCUCUGGAGGCACCCCAUGCUGUGCUACAGCAAAGACGGGCUGUGCGCCUCCCUCACCACCCUGCCCUCCGAGGCCCUGCAGACUGAGGCGCUCAAGCUCUUCAAGUCCUGCCAGCUCUUCAUCAACGUGCCCGUGGAGGCUGCCUCCGUGGACUACCACGUGUCCCUGGCCCAGGCAGCACUGCAGGUCUGCCUGGUUCACCCUGAGUUGCAGAGCGAGAUCUACUGCCAGCUCAUGAAGCAGACCAGCUGCCGCCCGGCUCAGAAGUGUGCCCUGAUGCAGUGCUGGCAGCUCCUGGCUCUGUGUGCCCCCCUCUUCCUGCCUCAGCACCGCUUCCUCUGGUAUGUCAAACAGCAGCUCCAGCGCCACGCAGAUCCCAGAAGUGAGACUGGCCAAUACGCCACCUACUGCCAGCGGGCGGUGGAGCGAACCCUGCAGACCGGGGAGCGGGAAGCCAGGCCAUCUCGCAUGGAAGUGGUGUCCAUCUUGCUGCGCAAUCCCUUCCAUCACUCCUUGCCUUUCAGCAUCCCCGUGCAUUUCGCCAAUGGGACUUACCAGGUGGUUGGUUUCGAUGGCUCCUCCACAGUGGAUGAGUUCCUCCAGCGGCUGAACCAGGAGACAGGCAUGAGGAAGUCUUCCCACUCGGGCUUUGCCCUCUUCAUGGACGACCCCUCUGGCAGGGACCUGGAACACUGCCUGCAGGGGAGUGUCAAGAUCUGUGAUGCCAUCUCCAAGUGGGAACAAGCCCUGAAGGAGCUGCACUCUGGAAAGUCUGAGGGUGGCACCCGUGUGGUGAAGCUGAUGUACAAGAACAGGCUGUACUUUCGGAGCCAAGUCAAAGGGGAGACAGAGCGGGAGCGGCUGCUGCUUGCCUCCCAAACUAGUGGAGAGAUAGUGUCAGGGAGAUUCCCUGUCAACAAGGAACUGGCUCUGGAGAUGGCCGCCCUCAUGGCCCAGGUAGAAUAUGGGGACUUGGAGAGGCCUACCCCACCAGGCUCUGGGGGCACACCCCCUGCCAAGGCUCUGCAUCACCUCCAGCAGGUCCUAGAUAGGUUCUAUCCAAGGCGCUACAGACAGGGGGCAUCCCCAGAGCAGCUGAGGCACCUGGCAGAUCUCCUGACCAGAAAGUGGGCAGCUCUGCGAGGCUGCUCCUCUCCUGAGUGCAUCCGCAUCUACCUGACCGUAGCCCGGAAGUGGCCUUUCUUUGGUGCUAAGCUCUUUGCUGCUCAGCCUGCCCAGCUCGCUUCCAGGGAGAACGGUCUGGUGUGGAUUGCCGUGAAUGAGGACGGUGUCAGCAUCCUGGACCACAACACCAUGCAAGCACAUGUCACUCACCCGUACUCCUCAGUGAUGACCUUUGGUGGCUGCCGGGAUGACUUCCUGCUGGUGACGAGAUCCGCCCCAGACCAGAGCUCGGGCAAAGGCCACUUUGAAAAGUUGACCUUCCGGAUGGCUGCUCCCAAGAUUGCAGAAGCCACCUUUGUCGUGGCCAGCUACAUGAACCACUGCUGCACGGCUGUGAACCCACCCAGCCCCCCACCUGCGGCCUGCCUGUGGGAACUAGAUGGACGACAGUUCUUUGCUCCUGUUCCACCAGCUGCCAAGGGCCCGGCACUGCUGUGACUACUUCUCCCUCCCCACCACUGGGUGCCUCUGGAAUUAGACCUGUAUCCUGGGGUGUGAUACUACUGUGAUGAGCCUAAUUGCACCCCCCAGGUACCCCGAACCCUCGCACGAUCUGUCUGUGUAUU